CACCUAUACAGAACCUCCGGGUAUUAUUGUAUAUGAUCAAGUUUAUAUUAAUUAUUUUUUGUCAUAAGACCUACCAUUAUGCAAACAUUUGAAUACAAAGACCUAACACGAUUUUGCUUCACGGAACAAAGAAACAGAAAAAAACCCUACUCCCUUCAAAACAAUAUUACAUUUCAAGAAGAUACGAGUAAACAGUCCAAGAGACAAAAUGGAAUUUAUUAAUUAAAAUCAAUCAAUCAACCAAUUCAUAGGAGCAUAAUGCAGUAUCUGUUUACUAAUUAAUAAAGUAUUGCUUGCUGAAUUUAUAGACAACAUUACUAGGUUGCUAUAGACAUAAGUACAUGCACAUCAAGCAAAAAAUAUCCGAAAGUAAAUAGUGCCGUUUUGUCAAUAGUCAGGCGCGGCCCAACAGCGCCUGUGGUAUUGAACUAAGACAAGUCAUUUUAGCGAAGCAUCUUUCAGUUCUACGAUGUCAUCCUGGCCUUAAAAAUGUUUAGAGUUAUGGCUUGUAUCAAUUUAAUAAGCCAGUGAACAACCAAAAGAGGUGUUACUUGGUGGCAUUGAUCCAGAUUCGUGAUCGACCUUUUCAAAGGUACAGGAGGUCAAGCAUUUCCAAUAACGUCACUGGAAUUAUUUACAGCGGCUGUAGAGGGCCUAAAUGAAAUGUUUUCUGGGUGCCAAACAUCUACGCAUGCGAAGCGCUAGUACUGAUUGUGCGAUAAUACUUGCGCGGCUAUGGGAAUGCUCCUCACUGAUUGGACAGACUUUUUAGGCCUUACUCUCCUCUAAAUUAAAAAAACAAUAUGGAAAAUCUUGGUAAAAAUUAUACAGAUUGUUCGGACGAAUGUCAUUCAGCUCAUACAGUCAUAAUUAUUUUUACUUCAAUAGUAAUGGCGAUUGGUAUCCCAGGUAACAGCAUAGUGAUCCGAGUAUUUCUUGCUAAGCAUGACAAGUCAACCACCCACAUGCUUAUCCUAGCUCUUGCCUUCGUUGAUCUCGUCAGUUGUUUCACAACACUACCUUUCAUGUUAGUGUCAUGUCCUAACUCACAGACCAUUUGCAGGUUACAAUUUCUUUUUACUGUGCCAUGCAUUUUAACGUCACUCCUCAUCACUACUACGAUCGCUAUAGAACGCUACUUCGCCACAUGCCGCCCGUAUGAAUUCAAGAAAAUCAUCACAGCAUCCCGUACAAAGAUGAUUAUUUGUUUGUGCGUUUUGAUUCCAGUGCUGUUUUCAAUCAUCUUUACAUUAAUCAUAACAUUUGUUUUUGAAGAUUGUAUCGCUAUGUCUAAAAUGGACCAUUGGUUCCCAAACGGUCUACUUGUACUGUAUUUUAUAACAUUUACAUUAUGCUCAAUAACUGUUCUGGUACUGUACAUCCGUAUUUUUCGAACGCUUAGACAGCAACACAAAUUCGCGGCAAUUCUGAAAGGGGAAGCAAAGGCUGAUAGUUUUACUCAAAAGAAAUUAAAAAAAGUUACAACUAUCACCAAAGUGCUUCAUGCACUACACCCGACAAGAGGGAUAGACGUACCGGUAGACACGUCUUCGAUUACUCAAACUACGUCGACGCCGCCGGAGGCUGGACCAAGCAAAAUUGAUACAAGCGAAAAGUGCAUACACUUAUUAAAGACGAGUAAUAAGAUUGAAGUCCGUUCGGCGAUUAGACAUGAGUUAGCCAACGGUAAUCCAAUUGACAGGUCUAUGGAAAAGAGAAAUAGUAAAGAGAUCUUAUUGAAAGAAAGUUAUGUUCUUAAUAAAUCUCUUCGAGAAAAUCCUGCAUUAAGUCCACCAACACCAAAAUAUAAUAUUUCAACCCCACCAGAAUGUAUUAUUUUAAAUCCAAUAGAAAAUAGUCUUUCAACCAGAUCAGAAAGUAUACUUCCAGCGUCAUCAGUUAAACCAUCACCAGGAGAAGGCGCUUCGUCGUCAUGGGAACUGACGAGUAUCGGGCGCCAAAGCGUUACACAGGCGGAUUAUCCCCACAAAUCGGUUACAUUACCGGGAAGUGCAGAAACUGAUGAACACGGUCAUUAUGAUAUUGGCCCUUUGGUAACGAAUUCUAACGAACAGCAGACGAACCAGAAACAUUGGAUCGAAAUAGGUGGUCUAAUUGACGAAAAUUUGUCAGCGACUCGAUGCGACGUUGAUGCGACAGACGGAACGCAACACUAUGCUAGUGAAGAAAAAAAUGGAUUAAAUCCAGUUGGUGAAUCUACAAUGAAACAAAGCGACACACAAGUAAAUAGCAUAAUGAUGCUUCGAAGUAUGAUAAAAAAGAAAAUUACCCAAAAAAACAAACGCCAGACAGAAUUAAUUACAUUAGAAACAGCACACUCAUCGUGUACUAUUAGACGAAACGGCGAUACUAGAAAGCAAAGAACAACCUCAAUGCUUCUGAUCGUCAGUAUGAUAUUUAUAGUAACAUGGCUGUCAUUUUGGAUAUGUUCUAUCAUUGAAUAUGUCACGGAUAGUCUUAAUACAGACCCUACAUUCAUGUGUUUUAAAAGAUUGUAUAUAAUAAACACUGCAUGCAAUCCAAUUGUUUACAGUUUUCUGAAUUCGCGUUUUCGUAAGGAUUGUGCCUCAACGCUGAGAUUGUUUCAGUACUUUCAGCGAUUUCGUGUUUAUAUAGGAUCAAAGUUUUUCUGAAGAAUAUUUAUACAAUUCACCCUCCAAUUCAAAACUAUAUUUGGAACCUCUAAUAGUCAGUCAGGGGUCGGUCUCUAAUUAAAGGUUUAGCUUUGUUUAUUAAAUAUUUAUAAUACUGUAAUUUGUU